UUUUCUCCUGCUUUAAUAAUAGAAUGAAUCUAGUAUUCAUAAUCAAUAUUAUUGGUAACUACCCUUUAUCUCUUGUAAGGAAAAAAAAGAUCAAAGCUAUGGGAAAACAUGAGGAUUGCAAGAGAAAAGCAAUGGCCAAUAUGAAAGGAGAGAAACAUUCUUGGACUAGUCACUAGGUUUUUAAAAUGUGUUCCUGCCAAUUAUUCAGCCUAUUUUUAGGCUACAUUCUGAUGUGUUUAGGAUUCUUAUUUUUUAAUCUAACCAAUUAUAAUUGGGGCUAUUAGUAGAACUUUGUGCAAUGUAUAAAAUCAGCCCUGCAUUUCAUCCACGAAUAGAGCUCGUAUGUCGAAAAUAAACACAGCACAUUCAGAGAAACGUCCGAUGUGAACGCCAUCCUUAAUUUUCCAGGUAGGAAAGAAACAGCACUCCUGGAUACAUUUGGCGUUAUUUGUUGCAUUUAGGCUUGUAUUACGGACCUUUUGAAGAACCUAACUCUUCCGUUAUGUUUAGUCAAAAGAAACUCGGGAUGAGAAAACUACCAUAAAUCUCCUGCGCAGAGGGGGAAUAUUAAUCGGAAAAGGGUUUAAACCACCAUUGCUUGUAGAAAUACGGCGCCACCAGAGAAAGACCGCAGUGGCUGGGACGCCGCUACUGUCAGCAAGGAGAGAAGGGUGUGGUUUGGCUGAGGAAGUUCCGGGCAGCCUCUUCUACGCCUCCGCUGUGCCUCCUGGCGGCCAUUCCGUCGCUUUGCUGCAGCUCACUCCAACUAAGGGCCCCGUUGCCAAUUUAACUGCAGUCGCAGCGAAGGAGGCGCCGAGCGCUCCCGCCCUCCUCCUGCAACUCCCCCUCCGCCGCUUCCCUGCGAGUUGACUCGGCACAGUGAGCUCAGGGCCUGAACUCGGGCCCGUCCCGUUCGUCCCAUCGCCGUCAUGGAGAUGAAGAAACGGAUCCACUUGGAGUUACGAAACCUGACUCCGCCGGAUGUCAAAGAGCUUGUUCUUGAUAACUGCAGAUCAAAUUGUGGUGAAAUUGUGGGACUCACAGAAGAGUUUGUGAACUUGGAGCUUCUCAGCUUAAUAAAUGUUGGACUGCUCUCUGUCUCAAAUCUCCCUAAACUCCCCAAAUUGAAAAAGCUUGAACUAAGUGAGAACAGAAUUUCUGGAGGCCUUGAUGUAUUAGCAGAAAAACUUCCUAACCUCACACAUUUAAAUCUCAGUGGAAAUAAACUGAAGGAUAUUGAUACUUUGGAACCAUUGAAAAAGUUGGACUCUCUGAAGAGCCUUGACUUGUUCAACUGUGAAGUAACAAAUCUAAAUGACUACCGAGAGUGUGUCUUCACACUUCUUCCACAACUCACAUAUCUGGAUGGAUAUGAUCAGGAAGAUAAAGAGGCUUCUGAUUCAGAUGCUGAAUUAGAUGGUUUUGAUGAGGAAGAUGAGGAAGAUGAGGAUGAGGAUUCCGAUGACAUAUAUGAGGAUGAGGACGAAGACGAGGAUGGCGAGGAGGAUUCAUUUUAUGGUUUGUUUGGAUAUGAAGGAGGACAAGAUGAAGACGAUGAAAUUAGUGGAGAGGAAGAAAAGGUUGCCCAUGACAGUGAAGAUGAAGACGAUGAUGACGACGACGAAGACGAUGAAAAGGAAGAAGAUGAAGAAGAGAAUAAGAAAGGUGAAAAGCGAAAAAGAGAAACAGAUGAUGAAGGAGAAGAAGAUGAUGAUGAUUAGUCUUCUGUGUCUCCAAAGGACUGUUCAGUAUUUCUUGGGGUACCCCUUGGAUGAUCUGUGUCUUGAGGAGCACGUGUGACGCACCUGUAGUUCUCCCCCUCCAAGCGCAGCACUCAAAAAAGCCAAAGAGUCGGCUAUUCCUGUGACAUUCCAUUGUACCCUGCAGCUGAUUUCUCCAGGUGGUUACAGACCUAGCCUUCUUGGGCUAGCACCUGAGAGUUCCCAGGCCUUCAUCUCUUCCCAUUGCCCUAGCAAGAACAAGAGUGAUGGGUCAGUCGUGGCUAUAGGGACUCCACACCACCCACUGACUAUACUUCCCUUUUUAAUCUCUGUGCAACAAGGCUUUGUAAAUAGAGUCCUGAAGUUUUGGGGACUGCUCUUCAUGCUUUGCUUUCCCUGCCUUCUUUUUCCUUUUCUAAGCCGUUGGAUAUUUUUUACAUUAGGAUGUUUUAUGCAACAACAGAAAAAAGUAUUUUUAAGAACUUGAAUUAAAUAAACGUUAUUUGAUAAACUAUAAUCUUGCAGUUAUUAUAUUCAGAGAGAUGUGAAAAUGUGCCUUUUUUUUGCUUAAACUUUAGUAGACAGGGUUGUGAAUAUUCUGCAUUUGUGAAAUAAAACAGAAUCUAGAUUCUUUGAUCUAUGAAGGUUGUUUAAGUUAGGUAAUUUAUUUUGCUAUGCAAGUAAAUAAUCCAAGAAGCCCUGCUUCAUCUUUCUCCCCAGCUUCACAGAUUGCUUUAUUACUAGUACAAUUCACAACAUAAGUAAAUUUAGAAAAUUUUGACUUUUGAAGUUAACGUGCUUCCGGGUUGUGAGUGACCAGUACCAGGCUUGGAAGAUUUUAGCUGUUCACAGAGGUUUUUAUCUAGAUGUGUUACUUAUUCAGAUAUUAUUGUUUGUAGCCAAUGAUGUAUUUUUAGCUAAUUUGCAUAAGUAUUUCAAAUAGCAGAAUACCUUUUCCAUUAAUGAUCACCUUCUUUCAGCAUAUCCCAAUAAGGACCAGCUCCAUUACUAUGCUUGCAGUGGUCAUAAAAGCUUUUUUUACAAAGCCAUACUAACAUUAUAAUCCUAUGCUUAUAGGAUAAUAGUAGCUGUUAUUGUGCCCAGAGGAAUUAGCUGCCAUGUGUAAAGGAUUUUGGCUUAAAUGUCCAUGUUUCAAUAUUUGAGAGAAAUAAUACAUCCAGUAGAAGGACUUGGUUGGUAAUGUUUCUCUGAUCAAAAGGUAAAUUUUGGAAUCUGUUUAAAUGAAGUAUCAGAUGUAUUUCUAAAGUUUCUUUAAAUAGUUUUUGCAAUCCUGCCAAUCAGCAGUUUUGUUGUAAGAGAAAGUUCUAAUUCCAGCCUUACUAAAAAGCCAUUUGAUUGAAUUUCAGCUUUAAGGGAAAGAGAGAGACAUACAUGGAUUAAAACUGUUGAGUUAUCACUUAUGGCAUGUGUGAUUAAACAAUAGUAAAAUGCUCUUGUAGACUAGUAACUGGAUUUACCGUAGUUACAUGGUUGGUAUAAGUAUUAAAAAUGCUUAGCUUUUCCAAGACCAUUCCUUGUAUUUAUUAAGUACAUUCUUUCAUAUGGGGAUAUGUCCCCAAUGGCAUUUCAGUUUCCUUGCUUUUAAAUCACUGUAAUAGAAAAAAAAAUACCACCAUCCAUAUAUCUUUAAAUAUAGUUAGGCGCUAUUUAAUAAAGCAUAAUCAGUUUGUCAUCACUGUAUAUAGAUUUUUCUUUUCUUUCCCUCUGCCUCAGAAAGCAUACAUGACUGAAAUUUUGGUCUGCAUGUACUAUUUCAAAAGUGUUUUUAAAAACAAGAGUAAUUUUUAAAAAUAACUUUCAAGUGCUAAUUUGUUUUAUACAAGUUUGGUAAACAGAACAAAAAGCAGUAUAUAUACAUUUUUCAAGUAGAUUUGGGAUUUUUCAACCCCUGUAAUAAAUGGCUAACAUUGAUCAAAGCAAUACAUAAAAUAUGCAAAAAAAAAUCAAAAAGCACACUUUAGAAAUGCAUUUUAAACCCUCUCCCUUUAUCUUAAGCUGACAAAUACUUUAAAUAAUUUAUUUGCCUGUAAACAAGAUAAGAGAGACAAAUUUCCAAAUUGCAAGCGAUCAUCCUCCUUAAUCCAAGAAUAUAUUUCACUCUUUUGUUUCCUUAACUGGCAGCACUUCUACGUUUGCCACAAAAUGUUGUGUUGUAGUUUCCCAAACAUCUAUAAGCUCAUAAUGUAUUAAUAAACAAGAUGGACUUGUACCAAUUAGUUGUUUAAUCUACAUUCAGCUGUUUCCCAAAAAUACAAAGUGGGGGUAUAUCUUACCAUAUAUUCGAGAUUAGUUACAGAAAAUAGUAAUUCUAUUACUGUCAGCCUUACAAGGUAGCACAAAUCAGGAAACUGACCUAACAGGAAGGUUGCAGCUAUACUCUUUGUGAUUAGCCUAUAGAAGUAGAAUCUUGCAAUUCUGAUUGUGUUUUACUUCUCCAUGUUUUAUCACUCUUGCCUCUUUUCCCCAAGAUCAUCUCUCUGACUCUGCAAUUAUGCUCCAUGUUUUAACUUCAAGACAAGUUAUAAUUCAUCUGGCUAAUCUCCUAAAUAAUUGGAAAUGUUUUAAUGUCUUGAUCAUAACUGUAACAUACCAGUUGUUUUAAAGGGUACUAAUUAAAAUCCCAUGAGCACUUAA